AAAUGAAAUUAGAAAUUAUCACAUUCAACACAAAAGAUACCCAGAGAGAUAAGAAAGAGAGAUACAUUAGUCAUUUCAGGGUGAUGAUUUAUCUCUCUUAUUCUUGAGGUUUUGAAUAGAGAGAGAGAUGGGGAGGGGUAGGGUUCAGCUGAAGAGGAUAGAGAACAAGAUCAACAGACAAGUUACUUUCUCAAAGAGAAGGUCUGGUUUGCUCAAGAAAGCUCAUGAGAUCUCUGUUCUCUGCGAUGCUGAGGUUGCUCUCAUCGUCUUCUCUUCCAAAGGCAAACUCUUCGAAUAUUCCACCGACUCUUGCAUGGAAAGGAUACUUGAACGCUAUGAUCGCUAUUUGUACUCAGAUAGACAACUUGUUGGCCGUGACAUUUCACAGAGUGAAAAUUGGGUUCUAGAACAUGCAAAGCUCAAGGCAAGAGUUGAGGUACUUGAGAAGAACAAGAGGAAUUUCAUGGGGGAAGAUCUUGAAUCGUUGAGUUUAAAGGAGCUUCAAAGCUUGGAGCAUCAGCUCGAUGCUGCUAUCAAGAGCAUUAGGUCAAGAAAGAACCAAGCCAUGUUCGAAUCCAUAUCAGCUCUCCAGAAGAAGGACAAGGCCUUGCAAGAUCACAAUAAUACGCUCCUCAAAAAGAUUAGAGAGAGGGAGAAGAAAACGGGUCCUCGAGAAGGACAAUUAAUCCAAUGCACCAACAAGGCUACAAUCCUUCAGCCCCAAUACUGUUUAACCUCAUCCAGAGAUAGCUUUGUUGGGGAGAGAACGGUGGUGCAUCAUCGUUGACGGAACCAAACUCUCUUCUGCCGGCUUGGAUGUUACGCCAUACGACGAAUAAAUAGAGAUAUCUAUAUAUGAUAAGAUAAUUAAUGCUCAAUAUUGAUGUAUGUUUUAGCUACUCUUGAAAAAAUAUAUAUGCAAUGAUGGACUUACAAUGUCAAGACGUAUAUUUACGCUGUCAUUCUUAAGACCGAAGAUUGAUAUUUAUCUUUGUGAUGAUUUUUGAUGAAUGAUGAAUGAUGAAUUGAUACUUUUUUUA